AUGGGUGACUCCAAGUGCGACAGGGCAACAUGGCCGCUCUCGUUCCAGAUGAGCUCGACCGGCCACAGGUUCUGGAGCCACACGCUGUACCGCGGCCUGCAGGACCAACCAGUGAGGGUCUUGUACAGCAGGACCAAAUUGGAAUCUGAAGAGUGUGCCCAUGAGUUCCUCGGCGAGAAGGUCAUCGGGUUUGAUAUGGAGUGGCCCCGGGAGGCAAACACCACUGCCGACUCCCGUUUGCAGCAGAGAAUCGGUCUCAUCCAAAUCGCCUGUGAGGACAAGAUUGCCCUGUUCCACAUCGGCAUGCACUCAGGCAGCACUGCAAAGGACCUGUUGGCACCCGCACUGCGGAGCAUUAUCGAGGACCCUACCAUCGCGAAGUGUGGAGUCGCCGUUCUCAACGCCGACUUUGCUCGACUACGGCAAUGGUUCGGCCUCAACCCACGCGGUGCAUUCGAGCUGAGCCACCUGCACAACCUCGUUUCGUUCGGUGCCUCCAACCCCGCUGAGUGCACAACGAAGUUGAGAAAUCUAAGCGCGCAGGUCGAGCAGCAUCUGGGCCUACCCCUCCACAAGGGCAACGUGAGGACCGGCAACUGGAGCCAGCCACUCAACAACGACCAAGUCAGUUACGCUGCUGCAGAUGCCUACGCUGGCUUCAUGUUAUUCCACUGUAUGAACGCAAAGAGAAUGGACAUGGUCCCCACUCCUCCACUGCCAGUCUACGCUGAGACGUAUGGUGACGCCGUGCAGGGCAUGCCGCCCAAACGGCCGCUUCAACUGGCACCGGUACAUGGGAAUGCGAGGCCUACCAGCGUUCUAGAUUUAUACAAAGCGCCAGGAGAGGGCGUUGAGGACCACUCGGAAGCAUUGUUGCCCCCAGAAGGCGCCAGUGGAUACGUCAGGAUCGGCCGGCGUGGGAAGCACGUCCUCUUUGCCGAAACUUCAGAAGUUGGUGCGGAUGUGGUCCAACAACUGCGAGAUCAGCAUGCCGCCGAGCAGCAGCUACGGGAAGGCGCACCGGGUGAUGUGUCACCCUCGGUGAUGGCAGGAGCGAAGCCAACGUCUACGAAGGUCAAAACAGCCGCUUCGACCAAAGCACCCUGCUUUCUUGACGAGACCAGGACAGAAUUGCUGUUUCAAGAACUCAGGAAACAUCGCAGGGACUUGGCAAAAGAGCGCAAAUGCGCGCCCUUCAUUAUCGCCCACGAUACUCAUCUUCACGCCAUCUCUCGGAAAUGCCCCCGCAGUGACGUUGAACUACUGCGCAUCCAUGGCAUCGGCAACAAGAAAUUCGCCGAUUGCGGCCCAGCUUGGCUAGCGAUCGUAAAAGACUUGGUCGAAAAGUCAAGUGCUGAUGACGCGAAGCAGGCACAAGAGGACCGUCCGCAGCUUCCUUUGCCUGUGCCCACAGCCUCGCAAGCAAGAGCGCCGCCUGCUUCGAAUGUCCAACUUGACCAAACCGUCCGAUCAACACCUACCUUGCAUACGGGGGUAUCCUUCAGUAUGCAGAAUGCGAGUCUGGGGCGCGAAAAGGACGGCGAGGUCGGUAAGAACGACCUUGAUGACCAGGACGCAUCAGACGAAAGCUCAGCGUUUGGAAGACCCCUGAGGGAGCCGUCCCCAUCUGUUCUCAAGCGCAAGCGAGAGGAGUUGGAAGCGGAGCAGAAGCCAGACCCAGAACGGCAAGGACGGCUGCAGAGGACAUACUGGGUACCGCCAGAGAGUAGAGAGCAGCCGCGUCAACCAUCGCCGGCAGUCCCGACCAUGCGGCCCCCUCGGAUUCUGGCAACACCAGGUCAACAUGACACGGAACCCGAAGCUGUACUGAAGAAGACUCCACGCAUCAUCUACGAGUGUAUGUCCGCAGCCCAAGAGAGCAACAAAGCCGCAACCCCGACCUCGGCGAGCACACUCCCACCAGCCACACAGAACAAGAUUCAUCCACCACCACUCCAUUCAACUACAAAGCCCGAGUUUGACUUGCAACCUGUAGCCAAACAGUCGGAACCCAGCCAAGUCCAGGACAAGAUACUCCGCAAUAAAAUCAUUGCCUUCAACAAGCUUGUGACGAUUACCGUGCAACUACCAGCGAACACGAUAGACCACCUGGUCAACAAACUACCGAGGACAACGGAGGAAUUGUUGCAAGUCCCGGGUAUCAUGCCCUUCGCGAACGCAUGUUCAAGGGCGAACCGUGACUUGCUUGGAUUCCUCGUCAAAUCUGCUCCCGCCACGAGACGACGCCAACCAGGCACAGAUAAGGCAUGCCGCGAUCCUCUAUAG